AUGGUCUUCGUGACCUACAUAAGUACUUCACUGUUCUUAGGUAUCCAUAUCGCCUAUUCAUUACCUGUCCCCCCCAAUGAUCCCCCCAAAUCAUUCGUCAGCCGGCCGGGGACUAAAAUACAGUCGACUUCAAAACCGACAAUAUUUCCUCUACCGGAACCAUCUGCACUAGAUGUGCAAGAUACCACAAACAUGUAUGGAACUGCGGAAACCAUAUCCAUCCCAAGUGUGAAUGAAGAAAAGAACGGACGUGGAUGGAUGAACAAUAUUGCAGGGCCGCCUCUAGAUACUUUCACCACUCUUCGACAAGCUGCUUCUCAGGAUACCACACAGCUUUACCCGCAGUAUUUAUCUUUGAACAAACAACCAUUCAAGGGAGCUAAGUUCCAGCAAGAUUCAAAUCUGGCCCGACUCAAAACAGCACUCGAUGAUGGUGUCGAGGACAGCGAUUCAGAGGACCUGGCCUACACACAAAAUAUAGAUUAUAAUUUCUCAGACGGUGAAGAGCUGACUGCAAGAUUUAAGCUUGCAACUCAGGACCGCCGUGUGACACUGGACUUUUCAGAUGCCGACGAUCGAGGGAUAGAUAUAGACCUCGAAGACAACGAAAGCUACGAAGAAGAAGAAGAAAAACAGCCAGAUUACGAUCCAGUCAGAGAUCCCUUUUACGGUGACUACCCAAGACGCUCACCACUCCGCCAUAAACUUAGAGAGUUACUUGAAAGACCUUUAUAUAAACCCCUCCCAUCAUGGCAAGGAAAACCCGAAAAUUUAUUAAUAAACCCAAACGACUCUUCCUUCACAGCGAGAGAGAAAAUGCAAUAUAACCUCCAACCAAUUCCUGAGGGUCCCAGUCUGUUAGAAAUGCCAAGCACGAUUAGGGGUGGUGAUGCUCUACCCCAUUUGCGCAAAAAAAUGGGCGCCCUAAAACCGAAGUUUUUACCGCAAGGGAGGGAAUCUCUGCAGUUACCGUCGCCAGGUCUGAAUCAUAGUUCUCAGGUAGCUUCUAUCAACAAUGAAUCUAGUAAUAUGGAGGACCAACGCGACCCACAAAUUAGUGCCUUGACAUUACCGGAGAUAACGAGCUCAUUUCGACCUCCGAAGGAGAAUAAUGUGCCGAAGUUAACACUUAGACCAAAUGAACAGAUACCAGGAUUAUAG